ACUGGAUAAACUAUUUAAAAAGCCAGGCUUAACUUCUCAUCACUGACGGUUUCUUCGGUGAAGUUCCCACGCAAAUAGUCAAGAUGUCUAAGCUGACAAUCUUAGCAGGCUUGUGCCUGGUGCUGUGCCAGUUUGGCGCUUCCACCUCAGUUUCCACCACAGCUGCUGCUUCUCCCAAAAUGGUGUGCUACUUCACCAACUGGUCUCAGUACAGACCAGACAAAGGGAAGUACAAGCCCGAGAAUGUGGACGCCCACCUGUGCACUCACCUGAUCUACGCUUUCUCCAUCCUCAACCACCGCAAUGAGCUGGCCACCUACGAGUGGAAUGAUGACGUCCUCUACAAGUCCUUCAACGCCUUGAAGACCAAGAACCCUCAUCUUAAGACUCUGCUGGCCGUCGGAGGAUGGAACUUUGGUUCUUCCCAGUUCUCCAUCAUGGUGAGUACUGCUGCCAACCGUCAGACAUUCAUCCAGUCGUCCAUCAGCUUCAUGAGAACCCAUGGUUUUGACGGUCUGGAUCUGGACUGGGAGUACCCCGGGGCCCGAGGGAGCCCCCCGGAGGACAAGAAGAGGUUCACUCUGCUCUGCCAGGAGCUAGUGGCAGCCUACGCAGCUGAGGCCAAGUCCACCGGUAAUGCCCAGCUCAUGCUGACCGCUGCCGUGUCCGCUGGAAAGGGAACCAUCGAUGCUGGAUAUGAGAUUGCCGAGAUUGCCAAGUCUCUGGACUUCAUCAACGUGAUGACCUACGACUUCCACGGAACUUGGGAGAAAUUCACUGGACACAACAGCCCCCUGUAUCGCGGUGCUCAUGACGAGGGAGAGCUUAUCUACUUCAACACUGACUACGCCAUGAAGUACUGGAGAGACAAUGGCACCCCAGUGGAGAAGCUGAACAUGGGCUUUGCCACCUAUGGUCGUACCUUCCGCCUGACAUCAUCUGACACCAGCGUUGGAGCACCAGUCAGUGGCCCUGCCUCCGCCGGGCCCUACACCCGCGAAGCUGGCUUCUGGGCCUACUAUGAGAUCUGCACCUUCAUAAAUGGCGCAACAGUUGAGAUGAUUGCAGACCAGAUGGUUCCCUAUGCCUACAGGGGCAAUGAGUGGGUUGGAUUUGACUCCAGGCAGAGCUUUGAGACCAAGGUCCGCUACAUGAAGGACAACAAGUUUGGCGGUGCCUUUGUGUGGGCCCUGGAUCUUGAUGACUUCGCCAACCAGUUCUGUGCUGAGGGCAACCACCCUCUGUUGGGACAUCUGCGCAAACUUCUUGACAUCGUACUACCCCCUCUGCCCCCUACCACCACCCCCAAACCUGGCUCAGUCACCACCACCCGCCCCACCACCACCACCGUCACCACCCACGCCCCUGGGACAGGCUUCUGCAACGGAAAGCCUGAUGGCAUCUACGCCAACCCAGACGACAUCACCACCUUCUACAUGUGCGCCCAUGGCCUCACCCACCUCAAAUCCUGCAGCAAAGGCUCGGUCUUCGACCCCAGCUCCAAGAUCUGCGUGUGGCCUUAAAGUGCGUUGUGAGGAAGUAAGGGUGUGAAUUAGCAUCACUAAUGCCAACGUUGUAUUUACCAACUUUAAAUUUGACUGCAAUUUACUUUUGGAAAAUAAAUAUUUCCACAAUAUGAGGUCAAAAUAACACUAGGAAAUGGUAAAAUGUUAUGAUAAUGCCCUUUAGCGUACACUUGGAAUUUCAGCCUGUUCAGAUGGGAUGGAGUUUUUGGUCCACAACUUGACAUCACAAUCUGAUCUGAUUAUUCUGACCAAUGACCAGUCAUCUUUUAUUUGCAUAUGUAUCCUCCUCCUUGGGGUAAGUUGGGUAGGCUCUAGAUUCUAGACCAUAGAGAUUCCACUAAAUUAGUAUUUUAGUUUCUAACUGUAUGGUCUUGAUGCUCCUAUCCGCCAAUCAGGGCUGUGUAUGUAAAUAUAUUUAAAUUUGUAUCAACACGCCCACAUGACCAGACUGAGUAUUUCAAAUGGAAAAAGAGGCACAGGGAAACAAUAUAUUUAGUUAUUUUAUUAGUUAUAUUCAUGAAAAACACAGUGAUUUAUUAUACAUACAGUGAGGAUUUGAAAAUGUAAUUAAAAAGACUGCAUCAGGGAUUUAAAGAUGCUAUAUUAAACUUUUUGGGUGACCCAACAAAUUCA